AGUUAGCCUCCAGCUACGAUUGAGUGUUGCGCCGUCAUCAUCAUCAUCAAUUCAAUCCAGUAUAGUGCAGUCUAUGAGACUUGAAGUAUCUUGUUAGAUAAAUAUACAAGAAAAAAAAAGAAUCUCAGUACCUACGUAUUCCCACUCAGUAAAAAAUAAAAUACAAAUAUUAUCAACUGUCUGGAUACAUAGGGAUAAAGCUACAUCGCAUCAGACAGUCCAUUGCGGUUGAAAUACAUUCGAUUCGGAUUCAAGAGUAUCUAUCCAAUCCAUCCAUCCAUCUAUCUUAUAGUGUGUGUUGCUCGCAAAUUAAAGUAUCUAAACUACAUAAGCACGGUGCUGCUGGAGGUGCUCGCUGGAUCCGGAUAGACGGACAGACACUGUAUAAAAAAAGAUUGACACAAAAUGGCUUUAGGAGAAGACGAUGAUAAUAAAAUGCCCUUGAAGGAUCGAACAUGCAAUGAUGAGGACACCGACUUGAAUAUGACUGCCGAGACCAGACUUGAACAAAGACGAGAAAGUAUAUUAAAAUGGAUGAAACGACUGACAAUAGCUCUGAUCAUAUUGAUUGGAGUCUUUUUACUCGGCUAUAUGUUCUGGAAUUUAACUUUCAGUGAUGCCAAUGAGCCGAAACUUGUAGAAGAUGUACACAUUGCAUCACUAGAUGGUGUCAAUGUUGUACCGGUUAAAGAUGCUGUGCCUUUAUCAACAACAACCACAAAAACCACCAUAAAACCAGCUGUAGAGGAAAAAAUCAAUAAUAAUAUUAAACCAUCAGAAGUCACAACUAAAUCAACUGAUGUGCCCCCAAUGGUUGACUUGGAUUCUGAAUUGGGAAUUUAUGAAAAGGCGGCUGUUUGCUCGGAUAGUGAUGUUUGCAGCAAAGUUGGCAGCAAUAUUAUGAAACGUGGUGGAAAUGUGGUUGACUCUGCCCUGGCUGUUCUACUUUGCAAUGGAAUUGUGACAAUGCAAAGUAUGGGUAUCGGAGGUGGAUUCAUAAUGAAUGUCUUCAUUAAAAAAGACAAUCGUGCUUACACAAUCGAUGCCCGAGAAGUUGCACCAUUUGCAGCGCAAGAAAAUAUGUUUGUUGGCAAACCAUCAGCUUCAUUGAACUCUCCCGAAGCGAUAGCAGUUCCCGGGGAGGUUAUGGGCUAUUAUAGAGCUCAUUCCCGAUUUGGUUCACUUUCGUGGAAGGAAAUUGUUGAACCAUCAAUUAAAAUUUGCGAAGAAGGUUUCAUUUUGUCACAACAUCAAGUUGACUCUCUAAGCUACAAACAAUCGGUGAAGAAUGAUCCUCUCUUAAGAUUAGCUUUUGUCAAUAAUGCAACCGGUGAAUUUCAUGGAAUCGGUUCAAAGAUCUACCCACCUCAAGAGCUUUGUCAGACUUAUGUGAACCUUUCGAAGAACGGUCCACUUGAUUUCUAUAAUGGAUCAUUAGCAAAAGAUGUGGCUGCUGAUUUGAAAGACUUGGGAAGUAUUGUUACAGCUGAUGAUCUUGAGGCUUAUAAUGCCGAUGUUGUUAGUUCUAUAUCGAUGCCGUUGGGCAAGGAUACUCUGUAUGCGGUGCCACCAGUUGGAAGUGGAACCAUUGUUGCUCACAUUAUCAGCAUCCUAAAUGGAUAUAACUUUACCAAAGAGAGUUCUACGAACGAAACCGAGAAGGCUCUGACAUUACACCGAAUGGUUGAGGCUUUUAAAUUUGGCUUCGCUAAACGGUGGGAAUUGAGCGAUAUGAGAUUCAAUGAUCUUAGAGAACUUGUAAGUCAGCUAACUUCAACUGAAUAUGGAGAGGAACUUCGACAAAAGAUCAAUGAUUCAGCUACCGCCGAUGAUAUUUCAUUUUAUGGAGCAAGAUUCUCUUCGAAAGAUGACUUCGGAACUUCGCAUAUUUCGAUGUUGGCACCGAAUGGUGAUGCAGUUUCCGUUACGAGCACAGUAAAUCAUUACUUUGGAGCAGGAUUUACAGGAAAACGUACUGGUAUUAUAUUUAAUAGCGGAAUGGAUGAUUUCUCCAUACCUGGAUUAUCGAAUCAAUUCGAUUUGCCACCAUCGGUAUCGAACUUCAUUGAACCACAAAAACGUGCAAUGUCAUCAAUGUCACCGAUGAUCUUAACCAAUAGCACAGGACAUGUUAAAUUGGUCAUUGGAUCAGCAGGUGGUUCGAAAAUUAUAACAUCCGUAGCUCAGAUUAUAGCCAGAGUUGUGUGGUUUGGUGAAGAUAUCAAAACAGCAAUUGAUGCACCGAGAAUUCACCAUCAGCUUGUGCCAAAUGUGCUAGCUUAUGAGAAUGAGAGUUUAGAGAGUCUAAUGAAACUCCUAGAAGCCAAAGGUCACAAAACAAAACGCUUUGUCGGCAGAGGAUCCUCAAUGUGUGGAAUAACACAAAAUAAAACAGCCAUUUAUGCAAAUGCAGAUUUCCGUAAAAGAGGAGGCAUUCAUGGUUUUUAGGAAAAUUUCAAAACCAUUUUAACAACCAAUAAAUUAAUUAUAGUGUGUGUACACAAAUCUACACAAAUUUAUAGAUACACAACAAAUUUUUUUGUACAAAGUUAAAAAUAAAAAGUCAAAAAUCAAAACACACAAAACUCAUUCAAUAUUCACCAUCACCCAAAAUCCAUCGUUAUC